AUGUCGGGUGCGUCAGCUUUCCUUCCGAGUCGCGACCUUCGAGACUUGAGGACGCUCGACCUUUCGUCGUCCGAAUGCUUAGAUAGCGUCCGCGACAAUCUCGAGAGCUUGGCUCGCCUCCUUGGCGCGAGUGGGGGAUUCAUCACUCAUGCGCCUCCGCAGCUCGCACAGAAGAUCGAUGAGGCCAUCCAGGCUAACGAGCCUGCCUUCGAGCAUCCGCCGGGCGAGGUCGACUCCUUCGAACGAAGCUACGUAACGAGAUGGCUUACCCGGCUCAUCUCCGAGUUGAGCCUGAUUUGCUCGGACGACGAUGACGAUGACGAAGCAGCAGCACAGGCCGAGAGGCUGUCGGAGCAAUGCGCUGAGCUCAUCGCGCUCGCCGCUGGCAGGAUGGCCGCCGGUGCGUCUGUACAGGAUCACAUCUUCCAGCUCGAUGAUGGCACCCUUACCGUCAAACUGAGAGAUGGUGCCUUGAUCCACGACUCUCUUGGCACUCAUACCUGGGGUGCUGCUCCUCUUCUUUCGCAGCUUCUCCUGCCCCUUGAAGCUAGCAAUGGUCGAGAUCUCAGAAUCCUCGAGCUUGGUGCUGGGACCGGUCUCGUCGGUCUCGCCCUGGCAUCCUGGUCCCGUCGCUAUCGGUCUCAUCACCGGACGCAAGUCGUCUGCACCGAUUAUCAUCCCACCGUGCUCGAGAACUUGGCGCACAACAUCAGCUUGAACGGCUGGUCAUCAUUAGCUUCACGACCGUCGGUGACGACAUCUGAUUCGUCAGCGCCCGUUUCGGUCGUGUCGCGCUGUCUAGAUUGGCAAAGUGUGCAUCGAGAGCUGUGCACGCAAGAGACCAGCCAAGCUCGCGACUUGACCUCUCAGACCUUGCCUAGCCAUCUGACCACAACAAACGAGGCUGAUUGGGCCAGUAGACUUGAUGUCGAAUCUCAUACAGGGUCUUUCGAUAUCCUCGUCGCAGCAGACUGCGUGUACGAUCCCGUCCAUCCUCUCUGGAUCCGUUCGGUGGCAGAAAAGCUGCUGAGGAGGCCUGAUACUGCCGACAGCAACUCGCCUCUGCUGCACGUCAUGGUCCCGCUAAGGCCGACCCACCAGCAAGAGGUGCUAGCGGUCUAUCAAGCCUUCGGAGAGAAGCGUGAGUCGGGCCUUCUAAAGCUUGUCAUUCUAUCCGAGCAAGACUACCACGGCUACGAAAACUUUGGAGCGUGGAACUCGGUCGUGCGAUCCGAGACUGCCACUCACAGCCAACCGCAAGGUGGACUUGCCAGGACAUAUCGAUGGUUUCAGAUCGGCUGGCAGACGGCCUCGAGAGGCCCGGUGGAAGCACGCGAACCGUGA